AGCUUAUACGCUACGUUAUAUAACGAUAAUAUGCCUUUCAUAUAUGAACAAUGGAUAAAAAAAAAAACAUUAAAUUAUCUAAAUGAUAUUGAACCUACUAAAAAGCCUAUGAGAGCUCAAGUAUUAGAGGUUUCUACAAUUCGAUUGGAAACAGAUUAUUUGAAAGAAAAAGUCUAUGCCAAAAUCCACGAUAAAGAACUUUGCAUUCGAUGUUUCUUUAGUGAAGAAUGUCUUCAAAAAUUUGAAAGUGAACGAAAAUUGCCUAUAAAUUCAUUAAAGGGUUGCCAUAUCAUAAUUUACGAAUUCUCUUUUCAAUUCAUAAAAGAUUUCUCUAUAAAAUCUCCCGGUUACGAUUGUUUUCUAAACAUCAAAAGGUUCAAUUAUUCAACCAAUGUUUCCGAUGGACUCGAUAGACUUAAUAUGAAGGAACUUUACGAAGAUGAAGACCUUAAAGACGCGUUAAGGAAACGAUAUGAAAUACUUUAUCCGUUUUCUAAUCCUAG